AUGCUGCCACGCUUCAAAUAUUACGAUUUACAAGGCCUCACCCCCGAAGAAAAGCAUGCUGAACAGAAAAAACGAUGGCUCACACGGCAGAUGCAGGAUCCUGAGAAAGCAGAAAAGAUCAGGGCAAAGGGUCGCACGAACAAACAAGCUCAAUGUCAACGAGCAAAACUUUUGAAGAACAAUCUUGAUCAGGGCGCAGCACCCCCCAGAUUUCGUCGACAAAGACCAUUGGAGGCACUCUGUGUUCAGCAUGUCUCCCAUCCCAUACCUUUCAACGAUCAUAUCAUCGACCCUGUGCUUCAUAACGUCCCACCACCCCGUCAGACUGCAGAUGCUGUCGUUAUGACCGAUCCACCUCCUCAGCACCUCGCAGACGCAACACGCCACCUAUCCCCUCCUGAUCUCGAUUUAAUAUCCGACAUCCUUGGUAUUCAGGUACUGCAACAAUCAGGAUCCGUCACUUGGGCUGAUGGCCGCAGGACGGUCCUUCCUUGCAUCAUGAGUAGAGGAAUAGACAUAUGUGAAGACAACGAUGCCGCCAUGGUGCGCUUUCUUUCUGAGUUUCUGGAAUCAAAACCUACCUCAGACAAUGUCGCUCAUAUCGAACACAAUGGCAUGAGCAGAGGCUUAUUACAGCAGGCUAUCAGCGAGGCUCUUCGCCACAACAAACCCGUUUUAAUUCAUGGUAGCAAUAUCAAUGAUGCCCCUCUACUAGACGCAGAAUAUCUAGACAAUAAUUUCGGGAUAUCGCCACUGAUGCGUGUGACUAUCCACGCCUUCCCGCCAGAUGUCACAAAACGAGUCAGAGAUUUUACGCAUCCCCACAAGACAGGGACGAUUCAGCAAUUCCUAAAUGACAUCGACAACCCAUCCAAAAUACAAUGUAUACUUGAUUUACCACUCUCCCACAUGGGCCUCCCGCAAGAAUUACAUCUUCUAGACCAUGGCCUCAUAUAUGGUUGGAAUCAGACUACGGUAGAUUGUCCCGUUCGUAGCGGAAAAGUUCACCCAGACAACUUUACCACCAAGUCCUGGGCCUUACUUCACCAUGCAGUGUUCGUGACCUACCCUCAUCACGAUGCUGAUGGUGCUGUAAUGUUUGUCCGUAUCAAAAUUGGUAUCAAGUUCUGGGUAGUCUUCUGCCCCAUACACAAACUCAGUCACACAGCUCUUCAAAAGGGGCAGAUGUUAUUUGCUGACUUCGCAAAAAACUGGGAGGAGAUAAAGUUGACUUGGCGUGCCGAAGUCAUAACACUGUUGGAGGGCGACCUUCUUUUUCAACCCGCCGGCCAAGUUCAUGCUGUAUACACUCCUAAGAAAUCUUUCGUCACUGGGGGAAAAUUCUUCAAUUACGGAUCUCUACAUUUAACUGAAAUAUCCCGCUAUAUCAAUGCUAAAAAAGUGCACUUCCUGACAAACCAGGUUCACGAGAGUGCUCUCGAGACAUUCCAGAGAAUGACCAUAGCUCUUCCGCGACUAUCACCUAGCAUCGAAUUAUAUCACAGGGCAGUUGUCGGCCUCUGCUUGAUGGUGAUCAACCACCACAAGUACAUCGCUUCGAACAACGACCACGGAUACAUCAUCGCCUCAUCGGAGAGCACAGAAAGAGCGGUCUCCAUCGCCACAGCAAUACUUCGUCAAUUCUACAAGGACAUGGCCACGGCACAGCGAGUUUACCGUUCUGGCGAUCAAAGUGACCCAGGUGACUUGAUUUCAAGGGAAGACCUUUCAACAUGCCUUCGAUCGUUCAGCUCUUUUGCAACCUGA